AUGCCUGGCCUUCCUACUAGUAUUGAUCUCGAUGAGUGCAUCGAGCGGCUCUAUCGGAAAGAGCUCCUCGCAGAGCCAGUAAUCGAGGCCGUCUGUGCAAAGACAAAAGAGCUGUUGAUGAAGGAGAGCAAUGUGGUCCACAUCCAGGCGCCGGUCACCGUUGUGGGAGACAUCCAUGGCCAAUUCUUCGAUUUAUUAGAGAUCUUUCGCAUUGGUGGAUUCUGUCCGGAUACAAAUUAUCUUUUCCUUGGCGACUACGUCGACCGCGGCCUAUUUAGCGUAGAGACUAUCUCUCUGCUCGUCUGCCUCAAAUUGCGAUACCCUCACCGAGUCCAUCUUAUCCGCGGUAACCACGAGUCCCGCGGUGUCACCCAAUCCUACGGCUUUUACACCGAGUGUGCCCGUAAAUACGGCAAUGCCAACGUAUGGCACUACUUCACGGACAUGUUCGACUACUUGACACUAAGCGUGGUGAUCAACAAUGAGAUAUUUUGUGUUCACGGUGGUCUUUCUCCCUCUAUCCAUUCUCUAGACCAGAUCAAGAUCAUUGAUCGAUUCCGCGAAAUUCCUCACGAGGGCCCAAUGGCUGAUCUGGUCUGGUCUGAUCCUGAUCCUGAACGGGAUGAAUUCUCUCUUUCACCUCGCGGGGCGGGCUAUACUUUUGGAGCGCAGGUGGUUCGGAAGUUCCUUGAGUUUAACAGCAUGUCCCAUAUCUUGCGGGCACACCAGCUGUGCAAUGAGGGUUAUCAGAUUUUGUUUGAUGACCGCCUAAGUACGGUUUGGAGUGCACCUAACUACUGCUACCGUUGUGGAAACCUGGCCAGUGUCUUAGAAGUCAGCGACAAUAUGGAACGCUUCUUCAACAUUUUCGAUGCGGCCCCUGAGAAUGACAUCCACCGGAGCGAGCAACAGGCACAGCAGAACAGGGACACGCAGCCAGUGAUUGACUAUUUCUUGUGA